AUGUGCGACUACUUCUUGAAGAGGGUGGAUGGCGACCAGCAGGCCGGAGACCUCACCGACAUCGUCCGAGCUGGCGGGGCCAUGCCGGCUGGCUCUGCCGAUCCCCCGUCGUCGACGGCCACCGAGUGGCUGCAGCUGCCGACUGACCCGAUCCUCUUCCCGCUGCCCCAGACGUCGUCCUCGGACGGUGCUGGGCCGAGCAGCGCAGACGCUCUCGGUGACCCGUUCUCCGGCCUCCCGGAUGCCUUCAGCACCGACUACCCCUCCUCCUCCGGCAGCGCCGCCGCCGACUUCUUCGACGCCGUCCAGGACGCGAUGGGUAUCGGCAUGGCCAAGCAGGUCGGCUUCGUCGACACGACCGGCUGCGGCGGCGGUGGAACAACUGUUCGUGCUGGUGGCAGGUUCCUGGACAUGAGGAAUCACCAUAUGUUUCCAAGGGAGAUGCCGAUGCGCGGGCUGUCGCCGUACGCGCUGAUGGGCGGUGACGCGGCGAAGCUCGGCGGGCCGAUGGCCGGGCACGGGGUGGCGGCUGGCCCGUGCGCGUUCGACGCCGUCGCAGGGCUGCAGAUGUCGUCCUCACCGCGUGGCGGGGGCAUCAAGCGCAGGAAGAACCAGGCAAGGAAGGUGGUGUGCAUCCCAGCACCUGCAGCAGCAGUGGCCGGGAAGACCACUGGGGAGGUUGUUCCUUCUGAUCUCUGGGCUUGGAGGAAGUAUGGCCAGAAGCCUAUCAAAGGCUCCCCCUACCCAAGAGGGUACUACAGAUGCAGUAGCUCCAAGGGGUGCCCUGCACGGAAGCAAGUGGAGCGCAGCCGGACGGACCCCAACAUGCUGGUCAUCACCUACACCUCGGAGCACAACCACCCGUGGCCGACGCAGCGCAACGUGCUCGCCGGCUCCACGCGGUCCCACUACGCCAAGAAUAGCAGCAGCAACACAGCUGCAGCUGCGUCCAAGAACAGCAAGAACUGCUCGCGCAAUCAGCACAAGCCAGUCGUCAAGGCAGAAUCAAAGGAUCAAUCCGCCGCUACCCCGGCCGCCACGAGCACGACCACCACGGCGACCACAAGCACCGGCAACAACACACCUCCCAUGACUGUGAAAGAGGAGGCAGAAAUGGAGAGAAGGAUAGGCGGUGAUACUACAGCAACGGUGGGUUAUUACAGUGAUCAUCUCCUGCAGCAGAUGUUCAGCCAGAGCUACAGGCCGAUGAUGCCCGAGGAGGCCGGCGGCUACCACCACCAGGACGACUUCUUCGCUGACCUCACUGAGCUGGACUCCGACCCUGUCAGCCUCAUCUUCUCCACGGAGUACAUGGAGGCCAGACCUGGCAAGGAGAAGGCAGCAGCCAAGGACGACGUGGAUUCAUUAUUCAUGAUGGACUGGGCGCCCGCUAGUGCUGCUGUUACUACUUCUGCAGGGAGCGCACUUGAGCAAGGGGACAUGGGUUUAUGA